ACGUCAUGAGCGCCAUGUGCUUCGGCUGUCGCUACGACCACGAGGACGCCGAGUUCCGCGAGCUGCUCAGCCACAACGAGGAGUUCGGGCGCACGGUGGGCGCGGGCAGCCUGGUGGACGUGCUGCCCUGGCUGCUGCGCUUCCCGAACCCGGUGCGCACAACCUUCCAAGAGUUCCAGCAGAUCAACCGCAACUUCAGCAACUUCGUCCUCGACAAGUUCCUGCGGCACCGCGAAAGCUUCCGUCCCGGGGCCGACCCCCGCGACCUGAUGGACGCCUGCAUCCUCUCGGUGGGAAAGGAGGCGGCCGAGGGCUCGGGCGACAGCGCCGCGCGGCUGGACGAAGACUACGUGCCGUCCACUGUCACCGACAUCUUUGGCGCCAGCCAGGACACGCUCUCCACCGCGCUGCAGUGGCUGCUCAUCCUUUUCACCAGGUACCCUGACGUGCAGGCUCGGGUGCAGGCAGAACUGGAUCAAGUCGUGGGUCGAGACCGUCUGCCCUGCCUGGAUGACCAGCCCAAACUGCCCUACAUCAUGGCCUUUCUUUAUGAAGCCAUGCGCUUCUCCAGUUUAGUGCCCAUCACCAUUCCUCACGCCACCACUGCCAACGCCUCUGUCUUGGGCUACCACAUUCCCAAGGACACGGUGGUGUUUGUUAACCAGUGGUCCGUGAAUCAUGACCCCGUGAAGUGGCCUAACCCGGAGGACUUCGAUCCCACCCGGUUCUUGGACCAGGACGGCUUCAUCAACAAGGACCUGGCCAGCAGCGUGAUGAUUUUUUCAGUGGGCAAACGGCGCUGCAUCGGGGAAGAGAUUUCCAAGACACAGCUGUUUCUCUUCACUUCCAUCCUGGCUCACCAGUGCAAUUUCAAGGCCAAUCCCGACGAGCCCGCAAAAAUGGAUUUUAAUUACGGCCUGACCAUUAAACCCAAGUCAUUUAAAAUCAACGUCACUCUCAGAGAGUCCAUGGAGCUCCUCGACAGGGCUGUCCAAACGUUGCAAGCCGAGGGAGACUGCCAGUGAGAAGCCAGAAGCAAGCUGGAAUUUUAGAAGGACUCAAGGUUUGGGGGAUGGGGAGUAAAAUUUUCCAGCUCCUCUGUGCCACUUUCUCAGUUCACCUCUAAAGUGAGCCCAGAUCCACACUGGGCUGUGCAGGAGCUCUGGGAAGAUUUCUUUUCAGUCCAAGAGUGAAGAGGCCCAAAGAAGUUUUAUACAUACAUCGAAUGCUGGUAAUAACUUCUCCAGAGAGCAUUCUUUGGAGAUAAAACACAUUUGGGCACACAUGCAGAACUACCUGAUGAAGAGGUACUUCCAAUGCCAUGCUUUCGUGGGUGGGAUCGCAGGUGGGUGUUCUGUGUGCUGAACAGCAGUAGAAAACCGUAUUGAGCAAAGUUUUAGAAUAUAUUGUUGAAUAUGCAAAGGCACAUAAUUUCAGUGAAAGACAUGUGAUUGAGGGUGAGAGGGAAAAGAUUCAGACCGGAAAGUUCCUUCUCACCUUGUCAAUACAAUAGCUUAGUUAAGCUCUGGUAUCUGUGGAUGGAUUUAUCUUUUGGCCUACUGAUGUGCUUUCUCGUAUUUUUUUGGAUGAUUCAUAAAGUCAUUUGCUGAAAAGGAAAUUAAUAGUAGUUGGUUUAAUGAUUAUAAUGGGUUCAGUGAUUUAUCAUUAAUUAUAAAAUGUAAAUUGUUAAAUUGUAAAACAUUCCAAGUUGUGUUGAUUGCCAAAGUACAGAAUUUCAAUUAUAAGCAACAUCUGCCACCCCCCCCCCCCGAAAAAAAGCAAGAUUUACCAGCCCAGCUAAGCUUUAAAUUAUGUAAUUGCAAUGCACUGAGUUCAAUAAUUAGCAUAGCUUUCAAAAAAUCACCCAAUAGUACUCAAUAUGUAUACAUUUAUAAUUAUUCAUAGGCAAUAUGUAUUAGUUAUUUUAUUAUUAAAUUCUUAGUAUUAUAUUAUUUUGGUCAAGAAAAGGUUGUAUAACAUAUAUCUUUUAUAUUGUCAUAGAAAAUUGAAAAGUAUAACCAAUUCAACUAAUUCUGGCUCAAAUACAUGAAAUGAGUUAGAUUAAGUCAACUACCUAUUUUUGACAUGGAAACCAAGUUGAAGCAGUCUUGUCUUUCAUCCAAAACUCAAAAAUCUAAAAAUUGGGUCUGCAAGAUGUCUUCCUUAUUACUUUACAAUAUAUUUAUUUAAAUUCUAUUCAUAAUACAGAAUCUCUUUUAAAAAUUGAUCAAGUUAAUAUGUUAUAAUUCCCAAACUCUUGGCAUGCUUAAAUUUUAAUUUAAUUUUAAAGGCAUUCUAAUUAUUGAGAACCAGUUGAAGUUACUGGAAAUCUCACCAUUAGCCAUUGGAACGCAGAGAAAUUUCACCUGUGUUUGCUGAUGAACAGCAAACAAUGCAACAAAUUACCUGAAUGUUAUCUUUAUUAAGAAAGAAGAGGGAAAAUUUCCAUUAUAACAGACCUAGUUUUCCUUUUAAAUUAUU